AUGGUGGGCGCUCGUGCCUGGCCCUAUGACCCUACAGAAGCGAACAACUUCGACGGGCACCGCCAGAUCGCGGACAUCGUGGCGAACAGGCUGCGGUGGUCGCAGAUUUCCUACCCCCCCGCCAAGACUUUUCUAACCUCCGUCACCUAUAACCUCCGGCGGUCGUAUCUGCCGGCGGUGCUGCCGCCCGGGGCGCCGGGGUUCACGGGCUUCAGCCUCCGGGAUCUGAGGUCGAUAGCGAAGUCGUCUAGGGAACCGAGUAUAUAUGCUAUCCAGGACUAG